CACUACUCUUUCUGUACCGACCUAAUGCUCUGGCGCCGUAGUCGAGUCUGGAGGUUAUCCAAAUUUGCUUCGAUGCAGCGUGCAAGGUUAUAGCAAGCAUCAAAAUACUGCAUCAUCAGCGCAAGGUUGACAUCAUGUGGAAGUGGACGCAUCUCUUCAUGGCUGGGUUGGCAUUGCUUUACUGUGUUUGGGACUCGCAGGGCUUGCGCGACCAAAUAGAUCUGAAGACUUGCAUCCUAAUACUACAGACAUGCGCACCUACACUCUCAGCUACCUCCGAACGAUGGAGUGGAGCUGUGGGCUGUCGCGAUGCAUUUGAGGCACUUUCGACAAUCACAACGGACUGGCUGAUCACAGAUAGUGCAGAAAGAGCGAUCCACGCGCAAUUCGAAUAGCAGUUGUAAGCGUUGGAAUACUAGAUGCCGCCGGUGCUACCCGGCAUGGCCGCUACUGAUGACACAUUGGCUAUACUUUCCACUGACGGGUAUGGAUUUGGAGAGUACCUGAACUCAUUUUCUCAAUGGCCGCAGACAGAACUAGCAGAUUUGUGGAGCUGAGAGUCCAUCUGAAAGGUCUCCCGCUGAGUUUGGGAUCAGUACAACGUUUCCAUGUUGCCGCCACAGGUCACAGCCUCAACUACCCUCCUGGGUACAUCGCGCGACACCAUGGCUCCUUCCGCGAC